CUCACACAUUUAAGUAGGCUAACACGUUGGUUGAGCGUGAUUAAUGUGGGUGUCCGAAGGACUCAGGACUUCUCCAGAGCAGUUUCUCAAUGAACAAAGCUCUUGCAGCAAGCACCGGAUCAUGAUGGGUGACGACGGGUCCUGGUGGAGACCGGCUGAUAGAUUAGACGAUCCCAUUGUCUUCAGCAUGGAACAAGGGAAUACACAGGCACCGAAAUUAUGAAGUUCGUGCAAACGAGUUUUUCUUAAUGUUUUCGAGAAACCCAACCAAAGUAGGUGUGUUAGGACUCGCUAGCCGUCAAACAUUAAAAACUGACACUAAAAAGUUGAUCGCCUUGCUCAAGUACAGUACUAUGGGGAUGUGCCUACCGUGCUUCGGCGGUACUGCCGAAGACGUGGUACCCACACCAGAUCCAGAGACGAGGAGACGUCAGCUAGCCGAGGCAGCUGAGAAGAGACAGAAAGAGUGGCAGGUUGGCUAAGAAGAUGGACAUGGAGACAUCCUGAAAGGUUCUAUCUAUAAUGGGUUUCAGCCAAGAACAUGAAGUAUCCUGGUACCAGUUGACAUUUUGGCUGUCUUUUUAUUUCUUCUUUUUUUUUUUUAAUGCAAGCUUUUUCAGAGGAAACUGCGUGUCUGCAUCUGCCGAGUGUGUAGAAUAGUUUUGCCGUGCUUCAGUGCUGGUAGAAAGAUUCUUCUGCCUGUUGUUGGCAGUGUGACUCAUGGGUCCAUGGCUCCCCUAAUGCCAAGAUGUACAUGAGAUCCAGAAGCCAGCCUGGAACAGAUGGGAUGACAGUGAUAUGGCAUAAAUACAGGAAAUAUGCUAACAGCAAAUAUGCUAACAGCACAUCUGGAAACUGUAGCAGGCGUCUUGCAGCUCUCUCUUUCUUGCCUUGUCUCUCUGCCUGCUCUCUCUCUGCCCUGUCUCCGCCCCCUCUCCCAGCCCU